UAUGUGUGAGUCUGUUUAUUGCACAAUGGUCAUUCUCUUUCCCCAGGUUGGAGAGGGGCCACAUGAAACGUCUGCUGAUUUCUCAGUCCUUCUCAUUCUCUCCCAGCCCUCUCAUCACAAUGGAGGUUACGUGUGCACUGCCUGCCACCGAAUUAGCUUCAGCCCUACUCCUGCGGUUCCUGGGCUGCUGCUGAAGCUGCUACCACCAAGGUCUCCAUGACGACACCUUCACCCCUCCCCUCUACAGCAUCUUCUUUUCUAGGCAUCCUAAAGGACAGCCUUGAAAGCCAAUCACUAACCCCGCAUCUAAAGGCAAGUGGGUGGGAGGAUAGGAGGGUCGUCCUACCCAUCACAUAGGAGGGGGGGUUCUUGCAACAUACAGAGAAGAAAAAUACCCAUCUGAGCCUCAUCAUAUUUUUUUAUACAUAUAUUUUUAUUUUUAUAACUCAGACGCACAUCUAUGUAUAUAUAAAUAUGACCAUGUGUAUUUAUAUAUCAUAGAGUGUGUUCUUCUUUAUUCAGUAGGGCAGGAAUAUUAACACUGAAUAACAGCAUCACAUUUUCCCCAGAUAAGCAGCAAGGUUUUUUUCUGGUAGCCUCUGUGCCUACACUCCUGCUCUUGGCUAUUUUUUCUCCAUAUUCUUCAGACAAGCUGGGCUUUGCCCCCCUACACGCCAUGAGACCCGGGGCUCUGCAUUCUGCAAUGCUUUCAUGCCAAUCGGGAUGCAGCAGAGUCUGAUCUCUCCAGAGCUACACAAUUUGCCUCCUUAAGAUGCUCACACUGGACCCCUUAUUUAUCCUGGUGGUUUCCAUGUCGUAUUUCAAUCCUGAAAAGGCCUUGGCAGCCCCGACAGAAAACGAUGGAUCCUCUCAAGGGCGUGUUCCUCUUGCUCCACCAUAUGCCGUGGUCCUUAUUUCCUGCUCAGGACUCUUGGCCUUCAUCUUCCUGCUUCUCACAUGCCUCUGCUGCAAAAAAGGAGAUGUUGGAUUUAAGGAAUUUGAGAAUCCUGAUGGAGAGGAGCUUUCAGGAGAAUAUACACCACCGGCUGAAGAGACCUCCUCUUCACAGUCCAUCCCUGACGUAUACAUUCUGCCUCUGACAGAGGUCUCUUUGCCUGUUCCCAAUACACAAGCCCCUAAAACAGUGAAGCAAACAGGCUUUAGCCGCCAGGAUCUGAGCUAUCUCCAGGAGAUUGGCAAUGGAUGGUUUGGAAAGGUGAUCCUGGGUGAGAUUUUCUCUGACUAUACCCCGGCCCAAGUGGUGGUAAAGGAGUUACGGGUUAAUGCCAGCCCUCUGGAACAGAGGAAGUUUCUGUCGGAAGCGCAGCCCUACAGAAACCUUCAACAUUCCAACAUUCUCCGGUGCCUGGGGCUAUGCACAGAGACAAUCCCUUUUCUGCUGAUCAUGGAAUUUUGCCAACUGGGAGACUUAAAGAGGUAUCUGAGGGCCCAGCGAAAGGCAGAUGGCAUGACCCCUGACCUCCUUACCUGCGACCUUACCACAUUGCAAAGAAUGGCCUAUGAGAUAACACUGGGACUCAUGCACCUUCAUAAAUAUAACUACAUACACAGUGACCUGGCCCUGAGAAACUGCCUCCUCACCUCUGACCUCACCGUCCGUAUCGGCGAUUAUGGUAUCUCUCACAACAAUUACAAGGAGGAUUAUUACAUCACUCCAGAUCGACUCUGGAUCCCAUUGCGUUGGGUUGCUCCAGAACUCCUUGAUGAAGUUCAUGGAAACCUGGUUGUUGUUGAUCAAAGCAAGGAAAGCAAUGUCUGGUCCUUAGGUGUGACUAUGUGGGAGCUCUUUGAAUUUGGAAGCCAGCCAUAUCGCCACCUGUGUGAUGAGGAGGUGCUGACAUUUGUGAUCAAAGAACAACAAAUGAAGCUGGCGAAGCCUAGACUGAAGUUGCCUCACUCCGAUUACUGGUAUGAGGUGAUGCAGUCCUGCUGGUUACCUGCUGAACAAAGGCCAUCAGUGGAAGAGCUUCAUCUGCAGCUCACUUAUCUAUUAAAUGAAUGCUCCAAUCAGACAGAGGAGAGUUUUGAGUGGCGCUGGAAUGCACUUAAGCCAACGAAAUCAUCAGGGGGCUCCUUACACCACUCCGAAGAGAUUUCAGCUUUUCCCCUGCUUGAUCAUUUUAAUGGGGGUGAUGGAUUUCAUGCUGACAUGGAUGAUAUAUUGACUGUAACAGAGAGCAGCCGUGGUCUCAAUUUUGAGUACAUGUGGGAGAAAGCCCGUCUAGGAAGAUGGAAGGCUACACCUCAGUGUCAAAAUUAUCCAUCCAGUAAUGGGGGGUUGACUGUGCCGGCUAAUCCCUUUUAUGAAUCCAACCAUCAGCACUCACGCCAGAGUUUAGAGACUCCCAGUGUGGUCCCAGUCAUCAGUGCUCGUAGUCCUUCAGUCAGUAGUGAAUAUUAUAUUCGCUUGGAAGAACAUACAGAUAGAGGUAACAAUGUAGACUGUACUGUUUGCUCACCUAGCCCAAUAUAUGAGAGAAAAUAUGACCUACAAGAGCCAAGAAACUUUCAUCAACGUUUAACCAUUGGGAGCCCAGCCUCUCCUAUAGAACCACUUUUCACAUCUGACUGGGAUCCACUUGAAAGUGGUCAAACCAGUCCAGAUGAUCCACCUGCACAUUUGAUUUUGCAUGAAGUUCCUAAACUUAUUGAUCGAUGGACACCAAGUAACAAUAACCCUUUUAUUACUGUGGGUAGAGAAUUGCCUCGUUAUGUAAACCCUUUCCGAGGGUCUGUAGAGAGAGACUUAUCAAGGAAGGUACAGGAAACGUCUUUAAUAGAACCAAUGGCAGACGUGUUUUCUUCUGACUCUAUUUUGAAUGUUUAUCGAGACAUUGAAGAUCACCGAAGGAGCUGGGAUUCUGAUACAAUGGAAGAAAGAGGAGCAGGAGAAACAUUGGCUGGAGAUCCUGAAUCGCUGGCUGAAUUUUUAGAUGGCCGUGCAUCCCCAUGGGAUUGUGAGCCUUCUCUGAUGGAAGAUCAGAGUUCGGAAAGUAGCAGUAGUGGCACAGACAACAGCAAUGGCCGAAAUAUGCCUUCAUGUCCCUUGUGCAGCAGGGGGGUUAUGGGUGGUUUACAAAGAUGUUCUUGUGCUAUGCUACGAGGUGAUGUUGUGAUUGAUUGGACAACACAUAUUGCCAUGCAUCAGGAUCACUAUGGUCUUGAUGAUGACUCGUCUUUAAAAGUUGAACAAGGUUCUCUAUCCGAAUGCUCUAUUCCCACGCGAGUCUUUGGGGAUGGUGAUCUCUUUACUGGACCUUUUGGUGACAGCCUUUGUCCUUCAGAACACCAGGAAUUUUAUGACCCUCUUAUGGGAGCAGCUGUUAAAAGUUAUGACAUUCAAGACUACCGUAAUCGUAGUCAAGUAAAGGCCUAUGAAUCUCUACAGAAGAGUGCCUUGAAUCAUCCCCCAUCUCCUUUUAUUGGAAUAUCAAAUUCAAUGGCUAAUUGCAGCGUCAUUGUGCCUAUUGAAAUACCACCCCUUUCCACUCUUGCUGAAAGCAUAGAAGAAGAAGAAACCAUAGAAAUUUUAACUGAUGUAAUAAAAAGGUUCCCACUUACCCAAAACACAUUGACAACAGAAAAAAACUCACAAAAUGAAUCAAGACCAACAUUGGCCUCUGUUGAUUCAUUAGAUAUUCCCUCCAAUACCAGCUCAUCAGAUGUAUGUAGUCCCAGCUCUCAUUACUCAUCCCCUGGUCAGAAGUUUGGAGACAGCGGUUAUGAAACAGAGAACACCUUUUCUUCUGAGUUCAUUUUGAAGGACACAAAAGAAGAAGAAGGCCUCAAACAUGUAAAGCUACCUUUAACUCCAAUAUCUGAAUCUACCAGUGAUCUGACACUAGCAGAGGAUUCAUCUGAAGCAUAUGCAACACCUGGGGAAGAGGAUUCACUUCGAAUUUUAGAGAUGGGGACACCACAUCGAGAUUCUGCAUAUUUUUCUGACUUUGAUAACGAAUGUGAAAAACACUGUAGAGUUGUUGAGAGUCACAAUGGAUUUUCCAAAGAAGAUGAAAUAACAGUUUCAGUAUUAGUAGAAGAGAAUGAUUUAAACCAAGAAGAAGUUCCAGCCUCUAAAGAAAACAAAGCAGAUAUAGAAAUUACAGGGACUCCCAGUGAAUUUUCUUUAACAACAGAAAAGGAGUACAAUCUACAAAAUGAGUCCAUGGAUGAUAUCGCAGUGGAUUCUAAAAAGGAAACUUUGAAAUGUAAUGGAAUUGUAAAUUGUAAAUCUCCAAAAGAUAGUGGCUCAAACCAUUUAGUUACUACAAACACGCCAUGUGAAGAAAAAAAUGAAAAACAAACUAUAAACAUCAGUCAGAGGAAUGAAGAGGACAAUACACUGAAAAAACAGUCAGAGAGUGGAUUUGUUGUUCAGGUCUGCAAAGAACAGCUACUUGUUUCCUUGAGGGAAAAUGUAACUCGAAAUGUACUUUCUACCUUUGAAUCUUCUGGUAUAGUAAAUUCAUGUGUGUUAAAAGACCAGGCUGUGUUAAAAUUAUGGUCAAUGGAGACAACUGCAAACACAUUGAAUGAAAGUUCACCGAAAAAUGAAAUCAUGUGCAAAGAGACAUCUGAACAACAGGAAGAUGCCCCCAACAGUGUCUAUACAAAUAUCAUGGAGUCAACUGACAAAUGCGGCAACAAGAAAUUUAUGGACAUCAUCAAAGAAGAGCCUGAAGACCCUGUUCAGCAGAAGCAACAUGAGGAAGCAUCUAUGCUAGACGAUGAAAAAGCAGACAUCAAGCAUGAGACUUUUUCUGAAAAAUUAGAACAGCCUGUUGACAGCUGCCAAGAAAAACAAGAUGGAAACCCUAGCAGUGAAACGAAAGAUCCAUCACACGAACAUGCAAAGCUUUUCCUAGAUUUUGGUUCAACAGGACCAAGUACAGGAAAUGAAGCUAUAAAAGCUAAGGUUGCCAGGCUUUCAUUAUCCCUUCCACCUCUAAACCUGCAAACAUUUCCCAAUCCUACUGUACGCAAGUCUUUUUGGGAUAAAAGUGAGGAAAACUCAACAGAUUCACCACAGAACAAAGAAGAUGAUGAAGAAGAGGAUGGGUUUGGCUUUCAAGAUCAGCAUAAAGCAGAAUGUGAAGGAGAUAUGGCAGGGGUCCCCAUUGUUGUAUCGGAAACAGAUGAUGGGUGCAAUUUACGAAGUUUGCUGAAAUCUCCCAAAUCAGCAGAUGAGGUUGAUGAUGAUCUUGACCGGAAAAGGAAAAUGGUGUCGUUUUUUGAUGAUGUGACUGUUUAUCUAUUUGACCAGGAGACACCGACAAAUGAACUGAGUAAUCAGAGUGCUGCAGAGAGUGAUCAGAUCUCACACAAUGAAGACGCAACCCUCGAUAAUUUUUCACCUUCUGAUGGUUUCAGUGGAAGUUUUGAGUGGGAUGAUGAUUUUCCACUGAUGACCCAGAAUUCCACAUUUAUUCCCAUGGCAACAGAGGGAGCCGCACUGAAGUCCCAGAUAAACCCCACCUCGCCACCACCUUCUUCAACAUUUCAGGGCAAACAUGUGGACGCUUCCCUGCUGGACACACUCCGAUUCACGCGCUUUACUGUUUGCCCCGCUGUGGAUCCACAUCCAGUGCUUGAAACAGAUGUGGCGCCCUCUGAAGGUACUAUUGAAAACUAAAGGUGAUGGCCAAUCCCAAUCUGAUAUCCAUUAUACCAGCACACCCCUAUCUCUGUGGUCUCCAAAAAAGUUAUUGCUUGGUCUACUCGGAAUCAUUUCACAAACAAUGAAAAAAAUAUUCGAACAGGACCAACAAGACCUGCGCGAGGUAUUCCAGCCAAUAAAUGAAGAUGCUGGAGAUAUGGAUGGAUAUCCUCAGUCCCUCUAAUGAUCAAUCCUAGGAAAUGAGCUCCUCAUGGAAGACAUUUACAUCAUGCUGAUUUUAGAAGGAAUAUCUCUAUAUUCUCAACGUGCCAAACGGAUUCCAUUCUACUGAAGUCCAGUUCCAGCAGUAAUUGGAACUUUCUGUACUAAUUUCUUGGGCUCCUGGUUUAUAUUCACUGCUGCCUCGUUGAUUUUUUCCCCCCAGUUGUCUAAGAGGAAUGGGUAAUGCCUGAAUAUAUUACCCAAAGGAAUGGAUGUAAAGGGAAACAAAUACCAAUUUAUAUAUUGCCAAAUAGAAAAGGGCUGGGGUACUUCAAAAAUAUUCAUCGGUGUUUCAUUUGCAGGCAGUAAUUGGCAUGUUACUGGAACACAUGUGAAAAAAUGUAGUUUGCAGAGCUUAACAUUUUGCUGCAAGUCCAUUUCCAAAUCUAUUACCUGAAAUUCUUUCAAUAUCAAUUUUUUGUUUAAUAACAGUGCAACUUGCUUUAAUUUGGUUAUCUAAUCACAAAAUAGGGCUCCGACAUAAUGGAACACGCACUUCAGCAAUUCACACUGGGCGUUUGUGAACCAACAUCCUCCAAAAAACGCCAGUAUUUGCGUUUUUCAGUAGAAACGCCAAGACACCAAGGAAACGCCUUAUUAUUGAACUCUAUGGGAUCCACAGGUUUGGAAACUCACUUUUCUGAAAUAUGCAGCACAUUUUCAAUAUGGUGGCCAAACUGUUGUGUGAUGGAAUUCACAUACACGUAUUUGUGGCGUUGUCUGCUGGUGACGUAAUUACGAUGCUUAUUGAUCAGUCCGGCUACAUUUUGCAUUUCCGCUUGGCUUUUUUUUUUUUUUACAAAAGUUUCAUAAAAUUCUUCCGGGUGGAAUUGUGGGGAACGAGAAAAAACAGAAAUGCAUGUUGGGAAAACAAUACUAUAGGCUAAAAAAACGCACAUUUUCAUGCACAUGUGGUUCAUUGGCGUGUUUACACUCAACCGCAAAGAUCCAAAUAACGAAAGAUCUGUUAUCCAGAAGACCCCAGGUCCCGUGCAUUUUGAAUAACAGGUCCCAUACCUGUACUACACGGAGCCAUCUACUAUCAGGUCUGCAAAAAACAACAUGGAAUCCUUUUUUUCUAGUUACACUAUGUCAAUGAGUGGUACAGCAUCUUGUUAGGCACAUGGAUCACUGUUUUUUGGAGUUAGCCUCCCAUGAAAGUUGCACUGUUAUAGAACAAAGAACAUUCAGACCUCCAGUUAGAAAAUGCGGAACCUUUAGUAGAACCAGCAUGUCCAGGAGGAACAUCUAGUAGCUGAAAAGCUAAUGACGCACUUGCCAAGAAUAGACAAGAGUGGGGAAAGAGAACUUCUGAGAAACAGAGAUAGAUAUAUUUAUAGGCAUAUGCUUUACUGCAGGUGAAAUUAAUAUGGUGACAUACAGCAACAGCGCUGAGGUGGCAGCUAAUGCUAAAAAUAGAUAUCAG